UGAAUAUACUGUCACUAAUAUAAAAAGUCAUUUAUUAUACUUUAAAGCUGUUUAAUUGUCUGAAAAUAUCUUUGGUUCAUUUAAAAACAGUCAAGUUAGAGUGCAAAAUCAUAUAAAUGCUAAAUAGGCAGCUUCUCAUUAUGUCACUUCACUAAAACAAUUUUGUAAUACUAGAACUAUGACUGCUAGCACUACUACUGACAAACUGACUUCUAUUGUAUGUCUCUUCAGUAGAGAAACAAUUCUGGACUACUAGGACUUAUAAUGCUAACGCUUCCAAUGGACAGUAACCUGGUUUCUUGUGUCAACAGAGUCCUGCCUGCGAUUCUUUUGAAAAAGAUGAAAGAAACCAAGUAAUUUUUUCUCAACGCAUCAUUUAUUCAUAACCUUGCAAAAUGUGAGGAAAGUCGCUCUCUCCACACUUUGCUAUUCAGACAACGAGGGUACUCAUCCAUGGAAUUUAAUUUGAGCUUUCAGACUCACUGAUGACACCAUCUUUUCCCCAGAUUUUCUUUUGAUGUUGAUUCACAACACUGUGGAAGCACGCUUGAAGAAAGAGGGGUGUCAGGGCUGGUGUACCCGGCUGAGGAGGAGACUCGGUCUUGGUUCUGGGCAGAGAAAGCAUUAAACAUAGAGAAAUCCAAUGUUAAGUUUGCAAUAAUCUAUUCCCAGGCCUAACGAAGUGGUGAGAUGGGUCGACAGGGGAGAGGGGUUGGGGAGAGAGGUGUGAUCACUAGUCAGUGUUAUCAUGGCCACAACACAAAAUACGCUCCAUUCUGCUUCAAUAGUAUUGAAUAGAGACAGCGGUCGACCCACGACGAUCAAGGGGGAAGUGAACCGCUUACUCCAGCAUCUACAGAAGACGAGCCGGUGGCCACACGUUUGGAUAGAAGGUGCUUGAGGGUGAAAAGCGACUCUGGUAUCACCCACUCAGCUGCUUCUCUUCUGGGUUUAUCUGUCUUGAUGGUUGGUGGGAGCUACCAGAACUCCUACACCACCUACUAAAGCAGAUGGCGCUGAAAGCCAAGAGGCAGUCUUGCACCAAGGUCUGGAUCUUCAACGUUCUGUUAGGUCUGUGCCUCGUCAGUGUCUUGCUGUUCCACGGUUUCUUCAAACUGGGACACUCUUUCAUUCCGAGCAGCAGCCCGCCGAGUGAGGGUGGUGAUAGCUCCACGAAGAAGGGUCAGCUGCCCGUCGUCGAGGGCCCGGGCCCACUGCUGGAGGCGCGGGGCAAGGUCGUCAAGCCCCAGGCCAACGUGAAGGCGCCCUGGGUUCCGGACACCACCACCACCCUGUGCCCGCCGGUGCCCCCAGAGCUGUUGGGGCCGCUGGCGACCUAUCAGGUCGCUCCAAGCUUUGAGGAGGUGGUGAAGCUGAACAACGGCUUGGAGCCAGGCGGCCACUUCCACCCACCCGACUGUCGGGCGCGAAGCCGGGUAGCCGUGGUGAUACCCUACAGAGAUCGCGAACAGCACCUGAGAAUACUUGUGCACAACCUCCACCCGAUGCUGAUGCGGCAGCAGCUGGACUACGCCAUCAUUGUGGUGGAACUGGCACUACCGACGGAAUUCAACCGCGCGAUGCUAAUGAACAUUGGCGCCGUGGAGGCUCUGGGCUUGUGGGACUUUCAGUGUUUCAUAUUUCACGAUGUCGACCUGGUCCCCGAAAACGACCGCAACCUGUACAGCUGUCCCGAGAUGCCCCGCCACCUGUCAGUGGCUGUGGACAAGUUUGGCUACAAACUACCGCACCCGAUGAUAUUUGGCGGGGUGACGGCGCUUAGAAGAGAACAGUUCUACGCCAUCAACGGCUACCCGAACAAGUAUUUCGGAUGGGGUGGUGAAGAUGACGAUAUGGCAUUUAGGGUUACCGAAAGCAACUUGACCAUCACUCGCGACGAGUUGGACGUGGCCAAGUACCGCAUGCUCAAGCACGAUAGAGACUGGGGAAAUGAUCCCAACCCGAAAAGGUGGGAACUGAUCAACACGUGGAAGUCACGACACGACAAGGACGGUCUCAACUCCCUGCAAUACACGAUUCAAAAGGUAGAGUUCAGGCCGGCCUACACCUGGAUCAACGUGACCAUCGAUAAAGACACCAUCUUGAAGAGCUGAAACCUGUAGCUACCCUCGACCCUCGGGUAUAUUGAUAUUUUCCUCCAUAACUCUGAAUAUAAUCAGUUUUUUAAUUUUGUUUGUUUUACUUGAUAAGAACAAAGAUCUGCAGAGCCUUUAGUGUUCGCAUUUCGCAUGUUGGGUCACGUGCUGAUCUGCCACUUGUUUCGACGGUCUGCGUCGUUUGAAUUCCACCUACAGAUAUUGCAAUGUCUCGCGCCAAGAGGAAGAACAACCUUUAUCAUGAUUGUAUUGUUGAAAACUAAAAGGCGCGACAGAGAAAAAAUGCUUGCCCCUGAACACACAAAAGGUGUAUGUGUGGUGGUUGAGAUGUGUUGGCUGGAUAAAGUAACAAUGUCAUCAGAUAAUCUCAAAGUCUUCCAGUACAGAAAGCAUGCUCCGCCGAAAGAAACAUGGUGAAGGUCAGAGAGAGAACUAGAAACAGAAACUGUCCUGGAAUAGUAUGGCUAAUCUUGCUGGUGAAAAAAAAAAAAAAAAAAAAAAUGGAGGUCUCUAGUGAAUGCAUUGUGUACCACAUCAGAUAAUGAUGACUU